AUCAAAACUGUGUGGCCAAAAACAAGAUAGCAGAGCCGCGCUAGUUAAUCUCUGUGAGCUUAAAGCACACAGUGUCGGUUGUACAUCAUGUACACAAAGGUCAGAGGUGUGUACAUGCGACGGAUCUUCCCCGAAACACGUUCCACACAGAGAAACGGCGGAAUGAGCCAAUCAGAGACCUCGUUUCAUCGCAGGUACCCGGAUGUACCCGUGGGGCAAUUAGCUACGUCAUUGUUCACCGCCGGACACCCGCUGGAAAUAAGGAAUGGAUUUACAACCGCUAUUACUGUAUUCAUAACAGAUUCCAGCAAUGAACAAUGACCAUAGUUGACAGAUCUUCAGAAAAGUCUGACCACGAGUCAGUCGGGUGUAAGCGAUCCCCCUUCACCAGUGGAGACGUGGGGAUGGAUGGCAGCUGUUCCAGCAGCUGGGCGAUGGGUCCCACCCUGCCUAGUGACUCCCCGCGUCUAAAGGCUCCAGGAGGCUGCCUGGGCCCGACGCCUGGAGCUGCCGUCUACAACACUACACCCUCCUCUGUGGACCGGCCCAAAGAGCAAGUGAUAAGCGGCGGUGACGGCAUUGACAUGCCCCAGAAGGUCCUCUUCUCUCCCGAUCGGCUCAACCUAAAGUGGACCCAGGUUCAUCGCAUCGGUGCGGGCCUGCAGAACAUGGGGAACACCUGCUUCCUUAACUCAGCCCUGCAAUGUCUCACCUACACGCCUCCGUUUGCCAACUACAUGUUGACAAGGGAGCACUCUAAAACAUGUCACGAGCCGGGGUUCUGUAUGAUGUGCACCAUGCAAAACCACAUCAUUCAGGUUUUCGCGAACUCUGGGAAUGUCAUUAAGCCCAUCGGUGUGCUCAAUGAGCUCAAAAGGAUUGCAAAGCACUUCCGCUAUGGAAGCCAGGAGGAUGCCCAUGAGUUCCUGCGGUACACAGUGGAUGCUAUGCAAAAGUCCUGCUUACCUGGAACCAAAUUGGACAGGCAAACGCAGGCAACCACUUUCAUCCAUCAAGUAUUUGGCGGGUACCUAAGAUCCAGAGUUAAAUGUUUAAACUGCAAAGCAGUCUCUGAUACGUUUGACCCUUUUCUGGAUAUUACUCUGGAAAUUAAGACGGCUCCCAGUGUCUCCAAGGCUCUGGAGCAGUUUGUCAAGCCCGAACAGCUGGACGGAGAAAACGCCUACAAAUGCACCAAGUGCAAAAAAAUGGUGACAGCCUCAAAGAGAUUUACCAUCCACCGCAGCGCCAAUGUGCUCACCCUCUCACUCAAACGCUUUGCAAACUUCAGUGGAGGCAAAAUCACAAAGGAUGUGAAAUACCCUGAGUACCUGGAUCUGCGGGCCUUCAUGUCUCAGUCCCAAGGAGAGCCCCAGGUUUACGGGCUGUAUGCUGUGCUGGUCCACUCUGGAUUCAGCUGUCAUGCUGGACACUAUUUCUGCUAUAUUAAGGCAAGCAACGGUCAAUGGUAUCAGAUGAACGACUCGUCUGUAUCAGUCACUGACAUCAGGUCUGUUCUCAACCAGCAGGCCUAUGUCCUUUUCUACAUCAAGUCCAGUGAUGUGAAAAAGACAGGGGACUACAGCCACAUGAGCCAUAACCCAGCCAUCCCUGGUCAGUCGUCUCCACGGCCGGUGGUGAUACCACGCAUCAACACCACCGUACACCACAACAUUGGCUUCAUUGGGCCCCAGCUGCCCCCACACAUGACCAAGAGCGCUCUCCACGUUAACGGGAAUGGAUCUAUGAGGGACUACCCCACCAGUUCCAAGCCCAGCACCAGCAACAGUGUUGUGGUUAAACCAAACCACGGUCUGGGCUCCUCCUCUUCCAUCUCCCACUCAAUCAGCCGGCCCACAGUGAUCCCAGACCACGACAAACGCCAGAAGCUAUCAUUCUUCAUCGGACAAGGCAAACAGAACCGCCCGUCCUCCUCGUCCUCUUACAGCCAGCCGUCCUCUGCCAGUAGCUCCUCCUCCAGCUGCUCCUCCUCUUCCUCCUCCUCCUCCUCCUCCUCCUCCUCUAGCUCUUUAUCCUCCUCCUCACAGUCUACCUCAGACGUUCGCUUUGUUCCGCGUCAGCUUAACCACGUUAACGGCAGUGCGUCUUGCAGUAACGGGAAUCACCACCCUGGAGGGAACGGAGCGUCCUUUUUGGUGCCGUACGGCCAAGAGUCUUCGGAGGAAUCGGACCAGGAGAACUGCGGCACUCUGGAUAACGGUUGUUUAGCCAAGUCUCACCUCAACGGAAACAACCGAACAGACGACGUGUUUGAUAAAGCCCCUCAAGCCACCAACGGGGAGUCAGGAGCGCACCAUAACGGAAACGGUUUAAACGGACCAACCAAUGGCGUCUCUAAAUCCAGCCAGAAUGGGCAUCAUAAUGGACACCACAAAGUCAAUGGACACAAUACGCCUGAUAAGAUCUCUGGUAGUAAUAAUGGCAGUUUGACCUCGGAGGCUACUGUUGCUGUUAAUGGACUAGACAGCAACCAUACUCAAACAAGCAAAGAGAUUCAUACUUGUGCCACAGCCCAGGCCAACUCUGUUCAGAGCAUCCAGCCUGCUGCCAGUGAAAGCCAGCACCUCUCCACUCCUGACACAAGGACUAAAACUGUGUCCGAUCCCGCGCCUCAGCAUACAGAACCCUCUGCCGUCAGCUCUCCGCCUACAGCCACCGCUACCGACACCCAUCCCGUCGCAUCUAGAGAACCCGCUUCCUCUUCGGCACAUCACGGCAACCCCGCGGCCUUAUCCAACCCGCCGGACGGCUCCACCAGGAUCUGUGCAGCAGCUCCGCAGAAGGAUAGCAUCAGUGGGGAUGAAGCGAAGGAUCCACCGCAGACCAAUAGUCCAUCAGCGGGGACCGAAGGACGUACAGAUGCUAAAGAGCAGCUCCAGUCCAAUCCCAGUUCUAGAGGCAGUGAAAAACAAUCUUCCCGAGAAAGGGAGAGAGACAGACCGUACUCCUCUGACUGGAGCAGAGACCGGGACAGACACUACAGGGACAGGAGUCAGGAGCGAGACAACGACGGCGAUCGUUACCGGUACAGACGAGAGUACCGAGACUACAACCAUCAUCGUUCAUACAGGGAUCGUUUGCCCACUCACGACCGCUCCUACAAGGACUGGGAGCCCGAGCGUCGCUGGGAGCGGACCGUUCACCACCCGAGGGAGCGCGAUCGAGACAGGUGCUCUAACCAUUACCACCACAACCACCACCAACGAUACAGAGAUGACCGGAACCGUGAGCGGAGGGGGUACGGCUACCCCCACCGCGAGGAGUCUCACAGUCGCUCGAGGUGGCAGCAGGACAGUCGAGACUCUCGGACGACGAAGGACAAGAGCAACGGCAGGGAGAGGGACUAUCACUCUGCAAAAGAGGAGACUUCUUCGCCCUCCGCUAUGCCAGAAACAUCCACCAAGUCCAAGGGUUCACCCCCGCGGGCUCCUCUCUCCACAUCUGGAUCCGCUUCAAACAGAGAAGAUCAAAAUCACAAGAGGACUUCUGUUCCUCUGAGCAAAGACCGGGACGACAGCUCGGAGGCCCGACACGCUAAAAAACAUAAAAAGAGCAAGAAAAAGAAGAAGUCGAAGGAUAAAGACAGACACCAUGAGAGCGGAAGCUCUGACGUGGAUUCAGACAGAGCCGCCGAAACAAAAAAGAAGAAGAAGAAAAAGAAGAGGCAGCACAGCCCGAGCUCAGCCCCGAGCCACAAGGCCGGAAGCAGCGAGGAAAGGGAGAGCCGCAAGCGACGAUACUACGACACAAAGAACUCUAAACACGACGACGCUUGUUCUCCGGAAAAACGCAGGCGCACAGAUUACACCGACAGCAACAGCGAUCACCUCAUCUCCUCCCAGCACACCUCACCCACGGAGAACGGUUCAAAACACCGCCACCUCAACGGAUACACAGGAAACGGUUACAGCCGAACCAAUGGAAACUCCCACGGGUUCUCCGCUGGCCUGAGCAGUACCAUGAAACACUGACUGUGAGUGGGCGUCCUUUAAUAAUUUAUCACAGUAUGCUCUUGUACUGUCAGCGCUAAACAGUGGGAACAUUUCUUAUAGGCACAAAUGUUUCAGCACUGCAAACAGACCGCAUGUAGAACGUCUUCUUUCUCAUUUCAGACUCUGAGAUACAGAACACAACAACAGCAGAGGAAUGACCGACAAUAUUUUGACGUGGUGCUUCUUCAUUGGGGGAUAUAUUGUAUUUUUACCACAACUAAGGUGUUUUAAAUGUUCGAAAACUUUUCUUUUUUUUUUCUU